AUGAUGAUUUCUUCGAAGAAAUUGAAUAGCGAUAAUUAUGAACAAGAUGGACAAGUUGUUGUUAAUACGGCACUUAUGAAUAUUGAUGUGAAUUCAACUAGAAGUUAUCUUUCAUCACAAGAUCGAGCACCACUUGCUCAUACUCUCACCGAUGCACAAUGGGAAGCUAUUGUGAAUAUUUUUAAUUCUUCGAAUAAGAAGAGUUCGAAGGAAAAUCUUUCUAGUAAAUGGAUACUUGAUACAGGGGCUUCAAGGCAUAUGACAGGAAGUAAAGAGUUUUUGUGUAAAACAUAUAAAAUAAGUUUUUCUUCCGUAAAACUUCCAAACGGCACAUACACAAUUGCUCCAUGUGAAGGCACUGCGGUGUUUGGAGACAAUAUGAGAUUAUAUCGUGUUUUAUACGUUCCUGAUCUUCAUUGUAACUUGAUUUCAUUAGCAUGUUUAAUUAAAGAUCUGAAAUGUAUUGUCACUUUGACUGAUAAGUUGUGUGUGAUACAAGACCGCACUACGAGGACGAUGAUUGGUGUGGGAGAGGAACGAGAUGGGGUCUAUAUCUUCCAUAGUGGAGCACAGAUUAUGGCAAAUCGAGUUACUACUGGUGAAGAUUAUAACUUAUGGCAUAUGCGUCUUGGUCAUCCUUCUAAUAAGAUUGUUUCUCUACUUCCUGGUAUGAAUAAAGUUGAUUGUCAGAAGUUUCUCAAUGAACCAUGUGAUACUUGUUUUAAAGCUAAACAAACUCGUGUUAUUUUUCCUAUUAGUGAGAAUAAAGCUGUUGACAUCUUCAGUUUAGUUCAUUGUGAUGUAUGGGUUUUCUUUGAAAGCAAAUUUCCUUACGGUGUUGAAUCGCUAGAUGAUAAUAAUGAAGGGUUCCAUAAUGAUUUGGAUACAAGGUUGGAGAUCUCAUCAGGACAGUUAGAAUUAUUGGUAUCUGACAGUACUGCUAAUCCGGGUGUUGUACAGGGGGUGUCUGGUGGUGCUCCAGCCGCAAGAAUGCAAGGUUUGUCAGGAAGUGACAAUACUGGUCUAGUAGCAGGCGUACAGGACAUGUCAUCGGGUGUUAGCAGGUGUAGAGGACCUGUUGUUGUAGAGGACAGUGAUAGAAUUUCUAUCGGCAUACAGAAUGUGACAGGCGUUCCAAACUCAACAGGCGUGAAAAGAGGGGAUUCACAAAUGGUGAGCAAGUCACAAAAUGUGACAAGCGAUUUUUUUGAAAAUUCAGAGACUUUUGUCUCAUCUGGAGUGGGUGUUCAAAAUGUGGGGACAACUAACAUUUCUGAAAAUUCAAAGAUUUAUGUCCCUUUUGUCUCAUCUGGGAAAGUGGGGAAAGGUGACAUUUCAAAAUGUGGUCCAUUAAUUCAAGUUUCUGAACAUAGUAAUUCAUCUGGGGUUAUUGUACAGACGGUGUCAGGUCGUGACUCGCCCGAUAAUACUCGGUUACCUGGCAGCAUUUCUUCAGAAGGGUUAUCAACUUUAUUACCAGCUACAGAAAGCCAUAUACCUAUCAGUGACAUCUCUGAUGCGACUGUGAGACGUAGUGCUCGGUCACGGAUUUCUAAUACUCGAUUAAAAGAUUAUGUAUGUAGUAUUGUUGAAGUAAUAGACCCCAGCUCCUCCACUCCUCACUCGUCAACAUCCUCAGGUACGCCUUAUCCCAUAACUAAUUAUAUAUCUUGUGCAAAUUUUUCUGCUAAUCAUAUUCAUUUUUUGGCGGCGAUUACUACUCUUAAAGAACCUACGAGUUAUGCUGAAGUUGUUCGUAUUCCCUUUUGGCGUGUAGCUAUGUCUAAGGAGAUUAGUGCUCUUGAUAAGAAUGGCACGUUAUCUGUUACGGAUCUUCCCCCAGGGAAGAAGGCUAUUGGUUGUAAAUGGGUUUAA